CGCAGCUGUCACUGCUGCUCUGUAUACAAAACAGCUGUUGAUGAAUACAGAUCUGUGACGUUUCCAUCUUCAAUUCGGUAGCAGAUAUUUAAUUUAAAAUAGUGAAAUUUUUCACUAAGCCGCUAAAAAUUUAAACAAAUAUUUACCACUAAAAAGUACAAUGCGCGAUUUCGAAUAUUAGAUUAUUUUGUCCGCAGAGCUUGUGCGCAUAUGUGGCACAAGAUUAUCAAAAACGAGUAAAUCGCUGAAUUUCUGUUAAUGACUAAAAAUUUAGUCUAUGCGGCUUAAGCGGUCUCUUCAGUGGUGUAGAUGUAGUAGUGGCGCGAAUAGCUCCAACUGAGAACGCAGUGAUAUCAAUAGGUGUCGUACGGAUGGCUACUAACCGAGCGGGGAGUAUGUAGAUACCCAUCGGCGGCGUGAUGCCUGCCCCAUUUGCAUGUAUUUAAACUUGCCAGUGGAGCGUUAAAUUCUAAACUCGGUUUUGGGAGAUUGGUGAAUAAUAUUUUGUAGGAGUAUCGAACUAUGGUCAGCAAGCAGAACGGAUGUGGGAGUUUCUAAAAGAAAAACACCUGCCUUCAUUGCAUAUUUGAUAUUGACGGGGUUUUGGAAAAACAUAUAUUAAUAAUAAACCUAUAAAAAUGAAAAAAGCUGUCAUAUUCACCUGUGGAAAAAAUCAAAAGCAUCUAAAAUAUUCUGGUAUUAUGUAUCGUUAUUUGUGCCAGAUUUUUAUAACUUAUUAAAAAAAUUGGGAACGCAUCACCGCAAUAAAAAUGCGAAUACUAAGUGGUAAACAAAAUUUAAAGCUGACAAAAACUUAAAGGCGCCAAAAAUUGAAUUUGAUGCAUUUCCUACCGGUUCAAAUUGAAACUCCCACCUAAAUCGCAUAAAAAUGCGUUCACGAAAGAUCCUUAUCAUUGCUGGUUUUCUAACAACCUGGACUUUUAUAACCUAUUAUUUUUUAAUACGGAAUAGUACCAUGUACCCGUUGAAGGAUCGUUUGCUCAUCCAAAAACUAAAUAAAUUGGAACGUGAAUCUCGAAUUGAAAAUAAAGAAAACAGUAAACUUGUAGGACAACUCAUAGGAAUUAUAAAGGAAAAGAUUACAUCUGCUGACGUGGAGGAAUCACAACCAUUUAAGGAAACAAAAUAUCGGCCAGUGGGCAUAGUAGCCAUUCCGGGAGAGCAGCCACUAGGCUUAGAGGAACCGCGUCAAGCAAAUAGCAAUGAAGAUAAGCGGCCGGAGGAUGAGAUAGGCGAUAGUGGCAAAGGUCCACCAAUCGUCAAACCGACCAUGACUCGCAUGCCUAACGGUGAGCCCGUUAUACCGAUAUUAGUAAUUGCCUGCAAUCGUAUAUCUAUUCGAAAGUGUCUGGAUAAUUUAGUGCAAUAUCGCCCAAAUGCUGAUCAGUUUCCAAUUAUAGUGUCACAGGACUGUGGUGAUCAACAAACGAAAAAAGCUAUAUUGAGUUAUGAAUCACAGGUCACACUGAUCGAACAACCAGACCAAUCUGAUAUAUUAACGCCACCACGCGAAAAGAAAUUCAAGGGGUAUUACAAAAUUGCGCGCCAUUAUGGGUGGGCACUAAACACCACAUUUCAAAAAGGCUACGAAUAUGUCGUUAUUGUUGAAGACGAUUUAAACGUGGCUCCCGAUUUCUAUGAGUACUUUUUGGGAACACACACAUUACUUAAGCAAGAUCCGUCGUUAUGGUGUGUCUCGGCCUGGAAUGACAAUGGCAAGGAUAAGUUUAUUGAUAAUACAAAGCCUGAAGCGCUAUAUCGGACUGAUUUUUUUCCCGGACUUGGAUGGAUGCUUACCAGAAACCUAUGGCAAGAGUUGUCAGUUAAAUGGCCAAAGUCAUUUUGGGACGAUUGGAUACGCCAUCCGGAACAGCGAAAAGAACGAGCCUGCAUCCGACCGGAAAUAUCGCGGACGAGAACUUUUGGAAAAAUUGGUGUUUCGAAUGGAUUAUUUUUUGACAAAUAUCUCAAGUAUAUAAAACUUAGUGAAAAUUUUGUAAAUUUUUCUAAAAUGAACCUAAGCUAUUUAUUAAGGGAAAACUAUGAUCGCAUAUUUUUGAAUGACGUUUAUUCUUACCCUAUUGUAACAUACGAUGAACUACGCAGGAAUCUCAUUACUACCGAUGGACCCGUUCGAAUCCAAUACACAACCAGAGAGCAAUAUAAACAUAUAACAUCCAUUUUAGGGCUGAUGGGUGACUUCAAGAGUGGAGUACCGCGCACCGCGUAUCAUGGCAUUGUUUCGUUCUUUUACCAAAAGCGUCGAGUGCACUUGGCGCCAAACGCUAACUGGAAAGGCUACGAUCUGUCGUGGAGCUAACAGAAUAUUAUAUUCGUUUUGAAUUUAAACUAGACAGCAAAUUUUGAGAGCUAAUAUUUUUACUGUAUAAAACUAAACAUAGCGUAAAGAAGUACCACAAACCAUUGUCAUAUGAAUUUUGUCAGAAGUGUUUUUUCAUACAUUUUUAUCUACUAUAUGUCUCGUACUCCUGUGCAAAGUGUAUACAUACAUACAUACCAAGCGGAAUUUGAGGAUGUGUUAAAUAUUUAUAACUAAUAGCCACAACCAAAAACUAAAUUAAGUUAGAUGCGUGUGAGUGUAAAGUUUGAAUUUGAAUUUGAAUUUGUUAGUUUUAUUUAUAUUUUAAUAAUAAUAUGUAUGAUUUACAUGUAAAAUAAAAACUACUACUAUUUACACACACUAUCAUUUCUGUGAACUCGAGAAAACUGUAAAAAUUCGUGCUCGAAUUAUUUUUGCUCAUACGAUAAUUAACUAAUUACAUAUAGUAGUAAUAUGCUCUCUAAAGGAAAUAUGCGAUGUUAUUUUGGGGGCUUUCCCUCUGUCAUAGGUAGCUAAUAAGUUUGCCAAUACAAAAACUAAGAUUUUUGUUGAAUACAAGCGCAUUUGUGUUUUUUCCUAUUUACCAAGUAACAAAUUGUUGUGAUUUGUAUGUGUAUUCCAAAUAAGAUUUCUUCCAGAAUGACAUUUAGUUGAUACUGAUACGUGACAUAUUUUCAAUAAUAUCUAUGCACCAAAGUCUGGACCUUCGUUUAAAAUGUAUCAGCUGCGCCACCAAAACUUAUGUAUAUAUUAUACCGUGCGAUAAAAAUCAACUAUUUCUGUUGUACGGGAAAAUUCAUAUGAACGUGAAACUAUAGAACUUAUAUAGUAAUGCUGCAUACUCAAUUUUUCUCAAAAAACUAAGUUUUUAAGAAAUAUAUUUAAAUACUUACACUCACUUACAUAUACUCUGCAACUUGUUGUUGUUGUUAUAGCAGCAAAAACAUUCCUCAUACAUGUACGGAGAGUGCUGCUGGAGCGACAGUCCUUGGCAGAAUAUAUAGUAAAUCCGGGACGUUCCGGUAACGUAGAACCGAAUGUCGGGGGAGCGAACUUGUUGUUGUCGUUACAGCAGUUUAAACAUUCCCCUUGCAUGUACGGGGAGUGCUGCUGGAGUGACUUUUCAACUUGUAGCAGUUUAAACAUAGCCCUUGCAUGCACGGGGAAUGCUGUUUCAGUGACAGUACUUGGCCGUACAUAAAUUCGGCUCGUUCCGGUAACGUAGAAGCAACUGUCGUUGGAACUUUUUAGCUUCGUUCAUCCUGCUGUUUUAUAAAAAAUGUAAAACAUAAAAAAUUAGCUUUCCUCCUAUGAAUUAAGUAUACACCUGGAUACUAUCAAAUAAUCUAUAUUUGCCUUGCCGAAAAGUAAAGACAUUUUUUUCUUUAUCUGGAUAUAUCCCCUGCCGUUGGAUAUUAAUGUUAAUGUUACAAAGUAUUUGUCGAGAAAAUGAAAAGCUGUUUAAACAGCUUUACUACAUAUAAAAAAUUUAUAGUUUCACGCGCAUAUGCAGUUUUUCCUGGAUAACUUUCGCUGUCGUACGGUGUUAUCUGAAAAAAUAUAAACGCAUAAAAAACGCAAGAGUGGCGUGGACGGUACAAUUUGGAUAAUAUGGAAAUAUGUACAUAUACACAGAAUCGUUACAAUAUUGCCGUUAUUGCAAAAGAACCUUUAACACUGUUUGUAUAUUUGAAAUAGUAAAUAAAUUAUUUUAUUGUGCCACACUAAGUUCUUGUAUAGCAAUCGAUAUUAAUGAUUAAUAAUUAAAUAAGAUAUGUAUUUAAACCAAUUUUUGUCCUGUAAUUUUUAAGUACCAACAACUAAAAGUAAAUAUACUUUAUAAAUUCUUUAAAUA